AAAAUGGAACAGACCAGUGUGUCAUGACCAUGCUCUCCUUUCCACUCAGGAUGAGCUGUGCGCCAUCCUGUCCCGAUAUUUUCGCAUCCAGGGAUUGUGCGAAUGUUAACGUUACGUUGGGACGCACUGCACUAAGCGUGCGCGGUAUGCAACGGUUCAGAAUCGAUGUUAGAAACUGAGGUGGUCCUAGAUCCAUUUCAAGCAUAUCCGGGCCGGGAAGCCGCAGGUUUGAUCAAGACAUUUACCAUUAUUUUGCAAGAGCUUCGGCUAAAUUUCUCCCUCGACGUCGAUGGCGGUAACAGACUCUAUCUCAGUAUUCGCAGAGGGGACAUUCGAAGAACAGGAAUUAGUCUUCUACAUAGUCCGGAAUCAAGAUGACGAGCGCGCCGUUCUUGUUCGCCCUUUCCAAGAUGCUUUCAAAACGGAAAACGAGACGAAAUCUCUCGCAGAGGACACGGAAAGACGCCAGAAUAUCUUUGCAAUGGUUAUGGCUGAGGUGAAAGGGCUUGGAGACGGCUCGGAUAAAGAAAUCGAAGGAUUUUUUAAUCUCCUUUUUUCACAUAUACUUUCACUUUAUUCGUAUGACUCACCCAAGACGAAAGAAUAUGUUAUUCAAUUGCUUGGAACUGUGGCCUCGGCACCAGCUCAACAUACUGCCAUCAAAUACCGGAUACUGUCUGAUUUCUUCAAUGCUCUCCCGAGGACAUCACCAUUACGGUAUCUCGUCUAUAAUUCCCUAUUGGACAUCGCUCCGUCAAACGACGGUAUCGAGGCCCUGCAGCUCUCAAGAGCAGAAGUAGAAAAAUGGCUCAGUGAAUGGGACACAUCACCUGAAGAGAAAAGCACUUUCUUGAAAAGCAUUGUAGAUGCCUACGCAAAAUCGGGCCAAUCCACAACGUCUUACGAAUACUCGUUGUCAUAUGUCCGUUCGCUUCCUGCCACUUCAGAUGCUGCAAAGGCGGCAGUUAUCGACGUCAUCGCUACCGCGCUUCGUCUCCCGUUUAUAUUUGACUUUGACCCAUUAUUCAAACUGGAUGCAGUCGUAGCAGCCAAAGGCCACGAUCUUUUCUCUCUUCUCCAGGUCUUCCUCAGUGGUGGUCUAUCCGAGUUCAAGGCAUGGCAACAAAGUCAUUCCGGCGUGCUGGAGAAGUUUGACCUCGAAGUCACACAAUUGGAACGUAAAAUCCGACUCCUCACCCUCGCCUCGUUAGGGUUCCAAAAAGUGGGACAGAAUGUUCCUUACUCUAAAAUAGCGGAGACGCUACAGGUCGACGCGUCAGAAGUGGAAAAAUGGGUUAUUGACGUCAUUCGUGCAGGCUUGCUCUCUGGAAAGCUAUCGCAAACGACACAAUCUUUGCAUAUUAUGCGCUCGACAGCACGGACCUUUGAACGGGAGCAGUGGGAGGUUCUCGAAAAGAGGAUGUUGGCUUGGAAAGCCGGUCUUGCCGGCGUGCUGGAAGUCGUUGCUAGUGCUAGGAGACAAAAUGGAGUCCAUGGGAUACCCGCACCUGCCUAAUCAGCAUGACAAUUCAACUUGUGCAUCCAGACGUUACAGUAUAAAUCCG